CAAGUUAACCCACGAAAACGUCUCACAUACACGUAACACAAGUACGGUAUUACAUAAAGGACUGUCAGUAAAUUCAACCCAAGACGAAAACAAUAAUGUGAAUAUUACAGAUGGUGUUCAAUGUGAUUACAGUCAUCAGGUGAAGAAAACAGUGACAAAAACCAAUGUGACAAUUUCGUGUUUCCACCCUGAUCUAUAUCUUUUUGGACAACAUGGAUCUGUGGGAUGGCCUCCUGGCACUUCUGGCUGUAUUCUCUACAAGCCUUCCUCAGGUCACAGCUCUGCAGUCAUCUGCAUGUUAUGGAACUGCCAACAACUUCCUGGAAAUGAACUGUGAAGAUGGGACUGUAAUCAAGGUGACCGAGGUCCUGUAUGGAGCUAAGCUUAAGGCUGACAACUGCCCAGUCCCAACUGUCAACACAAACCAUGACCCAGCCUGUUGCUACCUCACAGAAACAACCUGUGCCUUCUCUCUCCCAGGGGGUGUUGAUGAAAGGACAGACCCCUACAAGGCAGUGUGUGCUGGUCUGACAACUUGCUCCAUGCAGACCCAGUGGCUGGACACAACAGGACACUGCAGUGAGGACUACAUGUCACACACAAACUUCAUGCAACUCACUUACAUCUGUCUGAAGGGAAAUUCCAGUCAACCAAACAAUGUAGCAGCAUCGAGCAAACCAGCGACAACAGCAGCUACAACAACAACAACCACCACAGCAACAACAACCACCACAGCAACAACAACAUCCAGAGCACCAAGUACACAAAAGAGAGGAAGUACCACUGUGACUAAGACACCUGACUAUGACCUGUAUACAGGGACAUCUUCUAAACCAACCAAAGACGCAACACCAAGGUCAGGACCAGAACAUCCAACAUCAGAUCGAACUAACAAACCAUGGUCUAGAUCUAACUUGUCAAAUCCUGGGUCUCGAUCAUCCCCCCACAUGACACCCUCCCCAUCCCCAGGGAAGCACGUGGAGAUGGAUGUGACCUUCACAACCACCACUGCAACUGUCAAGUCAUCAUCGUCAGCAUCAACAUCCAGUUUUGCAUUCACCACAGGAAUGAUGGGAGGGAUGACUGCAGCCAUUGUUGGACUAAUGCUGACCAUCUUUGGCUUCAUCUUUUACUGGGGCAGGAGGAGAAGGAAGCUGUCUACCACCAAAGCCAACAACAGCAGCACCGUUUGGGAUUUCCUCCUAGCUCACACGGUUGCUGCCCGCACAUUCCGACGACGACAAUUUCAGCAACAACCGAGAGUCUGUUAGCUCUGAGACAGAUGCAACAACUGGCAAAACAACAUGGCUGCCCAACAUCCGUGUAGAACCAAGCCCAGACACACAGUCCGUGACCUCAGAUGAAAACUGCAGCAUCGUGAACAUCAACACCCUUGGCACGAUCAGCAGCAGACACAACCGCUCUGAGGCAUAGACAUCCAGAGACUGGUAGUUCAUGUUGGCAGAAGAUCUAUCAAUUAUGUGAAGUCAUCUCCACAAACACUAUCAGUACCAGAUGAAGGAUUGUCUUGUACUUAACAUGAUUAACACUUUAAACCAAGAACAACUUAUGUGAUGAGUCAAUAAUUGUUGACAAACCUGAAGACAGUGGUGUACAUGAGUUUGUCCUCUUGACUUUACCCCACUUGUUGCACCAGAUACAACUGUGAGGAGUUCCUACCUUCAAAGAAGGAGAAAGAGGUGUAAAUCUAGUGUAUUAUAGUAGUAUCUUCUACAUUGCUGAAUGCACUGAACACAUUUGCCUCCACAUCUAAAUUUUAAUGGCAUGACUCAAAAUAGACAUUUAUGCACAUACAAAUAACAUCAACACACAUUUAAAUGAUAACUAUACACAAACAUUUUGUUUACAUGGUGUACAAAUAUUUUCACAAACUAUAUAUUCAAGAAAAACAAUGCAAAGAGGGAACUCUUACCUGUAAUGAAAACUGAAUCACUGAUGGGUGUCAUUUUCAAUACUUUUCAACUUUCAAAAUGUUGUUUCCUAUCUCUUUGAAGGAAAUAUCAAAAUGGGCAUCAACAUCACCCUCAAUUGUAUUUGUAUAUAUUUUAUACUUCUAUUUUUAGUUGUACAUAUUGUUAAAACUGGGAGACCAAGUCUCAUGUUGGUAUUGACUGUAAAUACAUCUGUCCAACAGAUUGCUUUGUGCAUACAGCUUAUGAAACGGUCAAGGUUACAGAUAGGCCUGCUACACAGCAACAUAGAAAACCUCAUUCACAGCCUAACAUGUAAUAAUAACAUCCAGUGUCAAGUCAGACUUGAUGAGUGAAGAAAUGUUUUUCUUUAUUACAGGAUCCUAAAAUCUUGUUUUUCAGAACUUGUUAACAUUCAGCAUAUCUCAUACCCGAAGCCGACUGAAAACCACUCGGACCCACAGCUAUUCUGCAUGUCCUUAUGACCGACAGCUUCUUCAUCCCAAAUAACUAAAAGUAUUAUUUCCAAAUUAAAAUAUUGGGCCUACACAUUCUGAUCAGGACCCACAGCUUUUUUAUGGUUUUGGGUCCUUAGGGCCUGCAGCUUUUCAGGGUUAAGGGGAAACACUGCAUCCUGGCUUAGUUAUUGAGACUGUGCAAUGGCUUAGACUACUAAAGCCACCUAUACCUUCCUCUUGUUGGGAGAGUCCACAAACACGAAUUACUAGCUGACAAAAUGUUAGAACAUUGGAUGUGCUAUGACAUGUAUGAGGUGAUAUAGAACUAUAUUGGUGUGCAUCAGGCUGAUCACAAGCUCAUUAUGGAAUAAACAUGUUAAUGCUGAAA